GUUUUUAAGGGACAUUCCAAGUCCUCAAGUUCUUCAAGAGGAGAUGGCCUGGAUGAAGGAAAGACUGUCAAAUUUAGGAUCACCAGUGGUACUCUGUCACAAUGACCUGUUGUGUAAGAAUAUUAUUUACAACAAGAAGCGAGGUGAUGUGCAGUUCAUAGACUAUGAGUACUCUGGAUACAACUACCUGGCUUAUGACAUUGGAAAUCACUUCAAUGAAUUUGCAGGGGUAAAUGAGGUAGACUACAGCCUUUAUCCUAACAGAAAAUUACAGGAACAAUGGCUGAGAUCUUACCUUGAGGCCUACAAAGAAUAUAAAGGUUUUGGCACGGAAGUCAGUGAAAAAGAAGUUGAAGUUCUCUAUGUCCAAGUCAAUCAGUUUGCACUGGCUUCACACUUCUUUUGGGGAUUGUGGGCUCUAAUUCAAGCCAAAUAUUCCACCAUUGAUUUUGAUUUUCUAGGGUAUGCAAUUGUUCGGUUUAACCAGUAUUUCAAAAUGAAGCUGGAGGUCAUGACAUUAACUCUUCCUGAGUAAUGAAGAGGAAGAAACUUAACCAAGUGGAUAGACAACCCCUGAAUCUUUUCUGAGAACAGAUACUGGAAAAAAAGCUAAACAUUUGUUGAAGUUCUGUAAUGCUCACUUGGUGGUUCUUGCUUUAUAAAUAAUGCCUCUAAACAGUCCUUCAAUGUUGAAUUUAAUAUGAAGAGCAUACAUACUGCUGUUGAUAUAAAAUGGAUUAGAAACUUGCUAAACCUAUAAAAAGUUGUAGAAAUGGCAAUUUAAUCCUUCUUUGUAAUUUAACAUAUGUUGUAUGUGAAUUAUUUAUUAUAAGUUUAACAUGAUUCCAUUGCUGCUUUCAUCAGUUUUUGUACAAGUUGGGUGCGGACAGUGAAGUUGUUCCAAAGGAUUCGUUUAACAACUUAUUUUAUUGAAGUUGCAUUAACUUAUAUUAAAGAAAACAUGGUCAGAGAAUAUUAACCUUUUAAAU